AUGGGAAUUUGUUCUAAAUUGAAGGCGAGCCAUGAUGGUGAGAAAGACAAGAUCAGAAACUUACCAGAUGGCAUCAUAACUCGUAUCCUCUCAUUACUUCCAACAAAGAAUGCUGUAUCAACCAGUGUGCUCUCUUCAAGAUGGAACCAUUAUUGGACAACCAUUGACAGCUUUGACUUUGAUGAUAAUACCUUAUGCCACCUAACACAAGCAAAUGACAAUCCUGGAGGAUUUAUGAUGUUUAUCGAAAGAGUACUUGAACGUUGUGAUGCACCUAACAUUAAAAAGUUCCGGUUAAGUUGGUACCGGUCUGUGGAUGUACAUUGUCUCCGUGCUUUCAUUUCCUUUGCUUUGAGUCGAAAUGUUCAGGAGCUUGAACUGGAAAUUCGGUUCUGUCGCGUUGUUGAGUUGCCUCUAGAACUUUUUGUGAGCAAAUCUCUGGAAAAGAUGAAGCUCAGGGUGGACUACCUCUUUAAUGUUCCUCUUCUUGAGGAUUAUUUUCCAAGUCUCAAGUCACUCCAUGUUGAGUUCUUGUACCCAGAUCAUCCAAAUUUUAAUUUCUGUCAGAAGCUUCUCUGUCGUUGUCCACAGCUUCAAGAGUUGGUAAUAGAUGUGAGAUCAUAUUACAAGAAGCAUAUACUAUAUAAGAUUUCUGGUACUGCUAUUAAGAGGUUGACGCUAAUGGUUCGUGCCAAGUCAGAUCAGGAUAUCCAGCAUACAUUUGAAAUAACUGCUCCAGUGCUCGAGAAAUUAUACAUCAUGGAUGAUACGUGUCAUUUUUUCUUAGUGGGUUCGUUUCCACAGCUCAAAAGAACAGUCAUUGACUUGAGGAAUAUUGAGAUAUAUGAGAGAACCAUGUACCAGAUGGAUCGUGCAGUUCAGAUUCUAUCAGGGAUUACCAGCACCAAAUAUCUAUCAUUGUCUCUUGCUGCAACUCUGAUAGUUCAGUAG